AUGAGCUACUUUCAGUUUACCGGUAACUCGGGAGUGCCUAACGCUCCACCGAAUUUUGCUAUGAUGGCGCACCCAUAUUAUCAGCAAAUGCAGCCAAUGCCACCACAGAUGGCGACACCUCUCAGCGACAUACAGAUUGCCAGUAUCGUGCAAGCAGCCAUCAAACUCUUGUGUCAUGUUGGCGGGCCCCUCUACAUCCGUGACCUGGCGUUGGAAAUCUACAAUGUCGCGAGGGACUUGCCUCGAGUCAGUGAACAACAACUCCACAUGCUGUUCCGGAGUUUCCCAAACAACUUCUGUAUCACACGGAAAGAGGGAACCAACUUAGAUGUUAUUCAGGCGAUAUCUAAACUGGCUUUGUGCAGUGAACAUUGCACACGGAAAACCGCCUGCAUGGGUUUUCCUGUUUGUGACAAGUUACAUAUAUGCAAAUUUUAUCUAUUGUCAAAUUCAUGUAGGUUUUCUAAAAUUCAAGAAGGUACGUGUAUGUUUGGUCACGAUUUGACUACCCAGCAUAACAGAGCUGCCCUGCAACAACACUGGCUUGCUCAUCUAACAGUUCAAGAACUGAGAUACCUGUUCCAGUCUACAGAGAGUCGAAAUGAGUCCACCUUGCCCCAUAUCUGUAAAUUUUACAAUGUAGGAGCUGCAGGGUGUAGAAAUCUCACGCAAGGUGUACCAUGUCCUUAUCUCCAUAUAUGUCGCCAUUAUGUGAUCAGCCAAUGUAAAUUUGGCCAAGGAUGCAAGCGGAACCACGACAUCAACCAUGCACAAGUCAGAGAAAUCCUUGCAAAACAUGGUAUCAAUCUAAAACGAGCACCCAAGGAGAUUUUAGCUGAUUUACGAGAGUCAGUGUUGAGUUCAAAGGAUUUGCAAGAUAACAUGAGUCAGAGUAGCCAGAGCUCAUCCAGCACAGCUCAGACACAAAGACAAAUGUCCCAGUUGAGUUUGCAGAGCCAAGAAGACAGUUCUGAUGAAGAGUUGGAUGGUCCCCCACAGGCGCACCCCACCAAGGAGAUCUGUAUAUUUCACCUUCGUGGAAGGUGUGGAUUUGGUCGUGGAUGCCGCAAGUCCCACAAAAACCUGCCUUACCAGUGGCAGUACCAUGAGUCUGGGAAGAAGUGGAUAGAUCUGCCCCUUAGCUCUAAUGUUGACCUGGAGAUAAAUUACAGUGAUGUAGAAAAAAGUGAAUGUUUCGUAAAGUUAACAACUGUUGUACCACCUGUGGUAGUUCAACUGAACUUUGAUACUAUGACUGGAGUGGAUAAGGAUCAGGUGUCACGUAAAUUACGUAGACUGUCUACUGCCUCAUCAGGGGCAGAGAAAUUCACAUCGCUCGCAACACAGUGGAAGUGGUAUUGGCUAGACGAAGGCCAGGCAUGGCGAGAGUAUGGAGAACAGAACAUUACAGGGUACAAGGCUAUCAUCAGUAGUGAGGAGAUGGAACAGCGAUACUUAGAGAACUCUACAGGACAGCUUCGCUUUGCUACCCUCGGCCAUGAAUACCUCAUGGACUUUGAAAAGAUGGUCCAACAGAAUCUCUUUUAUCAAACUGAAAGACUUGUGCGGCGCCGGCCUGUUUUUGUAGCCCCAAAAGAUGUGGCUGAGCGCAAGAAAAGAAAUCCACAGAGCAAAAGUCACCAAGGCGCCAGUCCUGCAGUGAUUAUGGCUGGACCCUUAACACAACCACUGAUGUCCUAUAUACCAAUGGAGUGGGCCUUUGAUCGUACUUUAAAUACAGAUCUAACCAACCGUAUUAGCUCACACUUUAGUAGGGUGCCGAUUCUUGGGCAGUCCUUACCAUCAGUAAAAGAUGAAUGUCGGAAAAUAAAGGAUUUGUUCUACUUGACCAUGCCACAAAGUGCACAGAUACUAGGAAUUGAUCGCGUGGAGAAUGGGGAACUCUGGAUGAAUUUUGUAAGUAAGAAGGAAAAGAUGAAGCUUAAGAAAAAGGACCCCAAUGAGAAACAACUGUUUCAUGGCACCAAUGGGCAGUAUGUGGAUGCAAUUUGUCAACAAGGCUUUGACUUUCGUUUCUCUGGAAAGACAUCUGGCACCAAAUAUGGUCGUGGUAGUUACUUUGCCAAGUCUGCUGCCUACGCUGACCACUACAGUAAUGGAGGAGAGAUGUUUCUGGCCCGUGUCCUUGUCGGUCAGCAUGCCAGGGGACAGUCUUCCUUUGUCCGGCCACCACCAAUCAAUCCUAAGGAUCCGUUUGAGCUGUAUGACUCCUGUGUGGACAGUGACUCAAAUCCAGGAAUUUUUGUUAUGUUUACGUUUGACCAGGUCUAUCCAGAAUAUGUCAUCAAAUACAAGAAAAGUGUAAUUUAGUGAAAAAUACAUAAACAUUUUUAUACCUAUGUCCAAAAUUGUGAUUAGUUUUUAUCAUCCUAAAUCUUCAUC